UUGUUACAUAAGUUACUUUACUGUUCAGUCUAGUCUGCGUUUACAAAUCCUUUUCAGUUUUGUUUUCGGAUUGUUUAUUCUUUUCUUUUUUAUUCGUCAAAGUAAAGUAUAACGUGGCACAUACACGAAGAAAAGAAAGAUCGUCUCAAAUAACAAGGAAAUCAUUGAUCCACCCUACUUCAUUUGAAGGUGCAUAUUUGUUUUAGAACUUACCGAUCAAAAUAUCAGUACACUAUAAAAUCGUUUCAUUUUAGUAUUGCUUUUUUUUUUUUCUUAUUUUUUUUUUCAAUUCUAACAAAUCACUUUUUACUUGUAUUUAAUAAAGGAUACCUAAAUAGCUUUCCUUUUUUAGGUGAUCUGAACAUUACACAUUUGUUGCUCAAUUAUUUCCAUGGGUCUGCUUUUAUAUACGACAGUCUUUCAAGGUUGAAGUGAUUUAUUCUAUUUUUCGAAGGAUUCCAAAGUUUGAUUAUCUACGUUGCGAAGUUACUAUAUUAUGUGUAACUCGAAGGUUCGAAGAAGCAACAGUGCAAUUUCACAUUUGAAAGAAAAGUGUGAACUGGAUGAUCCAAACGUUGUUCAAACGAACGAAGUGAGGAUUGAGAAGUCUGCGAUUCCUUUUCAAAACUCAAAACUCCUCUUUUGGGAUGAAAUAGAGCCCUGGCAACAGGAUAACCAUUACAUUAUUUCAGCAUACCGGCCAGCUACUUUCUCUUUUACAAAAAGCUUCAAGACUAUUCUCUAUUUACACAAUGAAUCUAUAAACAUUUGGUCGCACCUCUUCGGAGCAAUCAUGUUUCUUUUCUUCAUUACACGUUCAGAAAGGAUACUUGUAAGAGAAACCACAACGUCUCAGGAUGUCUACGUUUUUAUGGUAUUUUUUAUAAGCGCUCUCACAAUGCUUCUGUGUUCUAGUUUUUACCAUACCAUAUCGAACCAUUCAAGUCACGUUUCGAAAUAUGGAAAUAAGCUUGAUUAUUUGGGUAUUGUUAUUAUGAUCGUUGGUUCUUUCGUGCCUUGCCUUCAUUACGGUUUCGCUUGCCAUGCCAGCUUUCGAACACUUUAUAUUGGGACAAUCUUUUCUAUAGGUGUAGUUGUCGCAUUUACUUGUAUGCUGGAUCGCUUUAGACAACCAGAAUGGAGAAGCUUCCGAGCUAUUCUAUUUGUAAUCAUGGGUUUAUUUGGUAUAUUUCCAGUAUUGCAUGCUCUUUUCCUAUACACAAUUAACGAUCUACUCAUGCGAAUGGGUCUAGGAUGGCUACUUCUUCAAGGGGUAUUUUACAUUGUAGGUGCCACGAUUUACGCCAAAAGGAUACCAGAAAAGUGGUACCCAGGUAAGUACGACAUAUUUGGAAGUAGCCAUCAAUGGUUUCACGUGUGUGUGAUCAUUGCUGCUCUUUGCCAUUUUCGAGGCAUUUUUGUAGCAUAUGACUUCUUCCAUGAAGCGGCUAAAUGUUAAAAAGGUUUUAUACUUACAUAUUUGAUUUAUCGUUCAUUUAUUUUUUAAGAAGCUCAACAAAGACUGAAUUUCCCGAAUAAAAGGUACCUUGUUUAAAAACAGGAUCUUUGGGAAAAUGAUUUUGAAGUUACCUAUUUGAAGGCUAGCACGAGAGGAGGAGUGUAAAAAAUAUAUCAUCAUUCAUUUAUAUAGUAAUCAACCUUCGUUACAUACAGCUUCAAACGAGGGUAAAGAAUUCAUCAAAAG